AUGGAUGAAAAAACAGGUGGAAAGAAGAGAUUGCUGCAACUCGAAGAAUUAGAGGAGUUCAGAGGGAACACAUACGAAAAUCAUAAAUUGUACAAGGAGAAGAUGAAGAAGUGGCACGAUAAAAGAAUCAGGAACAGAGAUCUCAAAAUCGGUCAGAAGGUGCUACUCUUCAACUCCAGACUCAGACUGUUCCCAGGUAAACUCAAAUCAAGAUGGACCGGGCCAUAUCAAAUUGUUAAUGAUGCAGGAAACGAAACUUUUGAAAUCCAAGGUUCAGAACAUGGUCGUUCCUUCAAGGUAAAUGGGCACAGGUUGAAACUAUACAAUGAUGAAACCUUUGAUGAAAAAGAGGAAAGUAUCCUUCUUUCUGAAACCCCUUGA